AGACAGAAUCUUAACAUAAGAUAAAUACAAACACGAUGAGUGACAUGGAUAAGAGUGAUGUCUCAGAUAGUGAAGACGAUUUCAACAUGGACGAUGCUCAAAAUGCUUCGAAUUCCGAAACAUUGGAAACGAUUGCUAGGCUAAAAAAAUCUUUGGAGGAAAAUCCAAACCAAUAUGAACAGCAUAUCCAAUUAAUCGCGCUGCUCAAAAGUACAGACAUGCUGGAGGAAAUUAGGAGAGCUCGCGAGCACAUGAGCGCCGCUUUUCCGCUAUCUGAAGAGCUGUGGAUCAGCUGGAUAGAGGACGAAUCUAACAUGGCAGCAUCGAGAGAUGAGAAAGAGCAUGUCCUUGAACUUUACGAUAGAGCUACAGCCGAUUACUUGUCCAUCAGGAUCUGGAAAUCGUUUUUAGACUAUGUGAUCCAGGAGUACAUGGAGUCAAUUGAAUUCCCCGAGAAUGAUGGUGUUGUCAGCAAGGAGUAUCUAACUGACUUGUUUAAGAAAGCAAAAAAGUUCACCGGACAUCAUGUUGCGCAGAGCCAUGUUGUGUGGAACACAUGGAUGGAAUUUGAGCUCCAACAGUUGGCCUCACAGGAUUCCCCAUCUUUGGAGGAAAUCAAGAGGCUUAAAUUGUCCUACCUAGACAGGAUCGCCAUCCCACACGCCGAUUUGGAGAAUACAUUCUCGAGUUUAUCAUCAUUUAUUACAAAAUAUGAUGGUCAAGUCUAUGAAGAAUCCAUGAUUGAAAGCAAUAGGAUCGUGGGAUUUACACGGAAGGUCUUAGCCAAACUUGAACCCUUCGAGGAGCAACUGAAAUCUAGCGGUAACGAUGUGGGUGUCUAUACGAGCUAUCUCGAGUAUGAAUUGAAGCACAAUAAAAAUCAUUUUUCACGAAUCAGGACUUUAUUCGAGCGAGCGAUCGCUGUGCAUUGCUUGGUCCCAUCCAUCUGGAACGAAUACCUUGGCUUUUUGUUAUCCUCUAAUCAUAGCAAAAAGGAAUAUGACCUCGACCCGACAGAAAUGCUAAGUGUAGCAACGAGAUCAACUCGAAACUGUCCAUGGAGUGGCGAUCUCUGGGAGAAUCGUUUUAUCAUGAUGGAAACUUAUUUGAGACCUGAUGAAGAACUUAAUGAUGUAUUGGCCAGUGCUUUAAGCGACUUAAAUCUCCUUUCCAACCCACAGGAGCUUUCCAAAGUGUUAUUAGCGCGCUGUUCAUACAAGUAUCGCCGAGCAAACAAAGAUGAAGCUGGAAAAAUGCAAGUGAGAGAAGCAUUCGAGCACGCUGUCACUGUUAUUGAAGCAGCUGGAGGAGACCCGUACUGCAAGUUGGAGCGACUGUGGAUUGAGCUUGAGUCAACUUCUCUCGGCGAUCAUGAGAAAGCACGCAGACUCUGGAAAUCGAUCGAAGGCAAACAAAAAUCAUUCUCAGAUUUCUGGAUUGCACAGGCUGACAUGGAGAGCAGGGCAUUGCAAAAUGACAAAGGUGCACGUCAAAUUUUCAACCGCGCAUGCCAAGUUUCUGAGACCCUGGACUGGCCUGAAAAAGUGUUUGAAGCAUGGCUCUUAUUUGAAAGACGGAGCGGGACUUUACAGAAUUAUAAAGAUGCUUUGAUUCGGAUUCGUCAUGCCAUGAAAGCCAUAGAGGCGCUUCGUGCACAAAGUGGUUUACAGACGGAUGCGAACUAUAGUGCUCAAGCUGCGUAUGAACCAACUACGGCAGUAACCACUAUAGACGUAGAUAAUGAUCAAACAAAGAAUCCUUCCAAGGACAAAAAGCGAAAACAUUCCAUCCAGAAUGAUAACGAAUCCCCUGCUGCGAAGAUUACAAAAACGGAUAAUGAAAAUAUAGCUGAAAAGAACAAGCCAGCAAAACCACUGGAUAUUAGUGCUGGGCGACAUGAAGAUACCUGCUUUGUCACGAACUUUCCAGCUAAUAUGACUGAGAAAAGACUAAAAGAGUUGUUUGAAGGAUAUGGAGAAGUUUUAAGAUGCACUAUUCCUCGUGCAGGGAGUGAAGGAAAGCGGCAAUUCGCAUAUGUUCAAUUUACGACAGCUGACGAAGCGCACGCGGCUCUUGCAUUAGACGGGAGAGAUGUUGGUGAUCGUCGCGGUUUGUCUGUCAAAAUCUCUGACACCUCUCAGAAGAAGCCUCGGGGAACCGGGAAGCCACCGCUGCCGUUUGUUAGCCGCCAUGAACUACACAUUUCAGGAAUAUCAAAUGAGCUCAAGGAAGAAGAUCUUAGGAAAUUAGUGGCAUUGUACGCAGAGCCUACAUCUGUGUUUAUUAAGAGAGGCGGCGCGACAAGUGGUGGGUCCUGGGCUAACAUCAAGUUUAGCUCUGAGGACGACGCUGAUGCUGCGCUGGCAUUGAAUGGUACAAUGUUUCAAGGCAAGGAGCUAGUCGCAGCAAGACGUCUAUUUACAAAAGCGGAGUCAAGUCGCCGAACAGAUUCUACGACUGAAACAUCUGAACAACAAGAAAAUGACAUCUCUUCUACCACCCAUCUCUCGAGACGUCAGCGUAGGACGCUCGCAAGAGGAAAGGCUAAGGAAGCAGAGGGCAAAGAGGAUGGGAAAAAAGAAGAUGAAAGAGCAGUAGCAUCAGCAACAACCCAAAACUCUGGUGUAGCUGAUGUGUCUUCCACACCAAAUGUAGUGGACGGGCAAAAUGAACCUAAUAAGUCGCUAUCAUUCAAUACCACAACCAAGGAAAAUGACAAGAGAUCUAACUUCAAGACACCCUUGAUGCAACCUCGAUCAAUGCAGCCACGAAUUAAGCGGCCCGUAAGCCAUACUCGUCCACCAAUACGCGCCUUCAAGCCCGCAGCAAUUACCACAGCAACAACGACCUCAAGUGUCGGAAUCGGGCCAUCAAUUGCAUCGUCCGUAACUGGGGCUGAACACAAAGAUGGAGGAGGGGAAACCAAAGAUGGGACUUCGAAUACACUUCCAGUUCCCAAGAGUAAUGCAGAGUUCCGAGAACUGAUGCUUAGUGGAGCUCUCAAGAAGCGAGCUGCCUAAAUUCUCAAGUUGUGAUAGUCAUGUAAUAAAAAUGAAAAGAAA